UGUCUGAGCCGCAGUAAAUGCUGCCGAUGGUGUGCGUAGCUGAAGUAUCCGCGGAGCAAGGGACCGCCUGAGAAGCAAACCCAAACGACUUUGCAUAGCUUUCCGCCUAAAAGCGAACGACCUUCAUCUCAAGAAAAUAAGUAGCUCUUCUUUUUAUAUAUAUCUAGCCGGAUACAUUUAUUUUUUUGAGUGCCUUACAGAUUUAUUUCGUCUGCCUGCUCUGGGCUGAGUUGUCUCGCGCUGUUAGACAACGUUAACUGCAGGGAAACAAAACCUCGUUGGCGCAUCAAGACUGCCCAACUUCGGUACAUUUGGAUUUAUACCAAAGUGGCAACAUGCAUUGGAUUCCCAUCUUGGAUAUUGUGCUGUUUUUCCUGACUGUGUUCCACAGUCAGCUGGGGCUGGCGCAUGCUUUUGGGGACGAAGAAGAGAUGACCUGCGACCCAAUCAGGAUAUCCAUGUGUCAGGAUUUGGGAUACAAUGUCACAAAGAUGCCCAACCUGGUCGGGAACGUGCUACAGUCCGACGCUGAGCUGCAAUUGACAACUUUCACUCCGCUUAUCCAGUACGGGUGUUCCAGUCAGCUAAAGUUCUUCCUGUGCUCGGUGUAUGUCCCCAUGUGCACGGACAAGGUGCCCAUUCCUAUUGGCCCCUGUGGAAGCAUGUGUCUGUCCGUCAAGCGGAAGUGCCUCCCGGUCCUGACCGAGUUCGGCUUCGUGUGGCCGGAGCUGCUUAACUGCAGCCUGUUCCCACCUCAGAACGACCAGAACCACAUGUGCAUGGAGGGGCCGGGGGACGACGACGCCCCCUACCACACCAUCCGCACACUGCAGCCCAUGGAGGAGGAGUGCCACACACUCGGCGCCAGCCCCGAGCAGUACGCCUGGGUGAAGCGCAGCCUGAACUGCGUGCUCCAGUGCGGCUAUGACGCCGGGCUCUACCGCCGGCAGGCCAAGGUCUUCACCGACAUCUGGAUGGCGGCCUGGGCCAUCCUCUGCUUCGUGUCCACCACCUUCACCGUGCUCACCUUCCUCAUCGACUCGUCCCGCUUCUCCUACCCCGAGCGACCCAUCAUCUUCCUCAGCAUGUGCUACAACAUCUACAGCAUCGCCUUCAUCGUGCGCCUGACGGUGGGGCGCGAGCGCAUCUCCUGUGACCUGGAGGAGGCGGCCGUGCCGGUGCUGAUCCAGGAGGGGCUGAAGAACACGGGCUGCGCCAUCGUCUUCCUCCUCAUGUACUUCUUCGGCAUGGCCAGCUCCAUCUGGUGGGUCAUCCUCACACUGACCUGGUUCCUGGCCGCGGGCCUCAAGUGGGGCCACGAGGCCAUCGAGAUGCACAGCUCCUACUUCCACAUCGCCGCCUGGGCCAUCCCAGCUGUCAAGACCAUCGUCAUCCUCAUCAUGCGCCUGGUGGACGCCGAUGACCUGACGGGUCUCUGCUACGUGGGCAACCAGCACAUCGACGCCCUCACGGGCUUCGUGGUGGCCCCACUCUUCACCUACCUGGUGAUUGGGACCCUGUUCAUUGCCGCCGGCCUAGUGGCACUCUUUAAGAUCCGCUCCAACCUGCAGAAGGACGGCACCAAGACAGACAAGCUGGAGCGGCUGAUGGUGAAGAUAGGCGUCUUUUCCGUGCUAUACACCGUCCCGGCCACCUGCGUCAUCGCCUGCUACUUCUACCAGAUCUCCAACUGGACCGACUUCAAGCAGUCGGCCAGGGACUCGUACCUGGCGGUGGAGAUGCUCAGGAUCUUCAUGUCGCUGCUGGUGGGCAUCACCUCGGGGAUGUGGAUCUGGUCUGCCAAGACGCUUCACACGUGGCAGAAGUGCUCCAACAGGCUGGUCAGCUCCAGCAGGACAAAGAGGGAGAAAAGGACGGACAGCUGGAUUAAGCCAGUAAAGGGAAAUGAGACAGUAGUUUGAAGUUUGUUGGGGGGGGAGAUGGGUGACAGACCGGGAAGCUGAGGUGGGACUCACGCCUGACACCUUGGGCAGGGGGAAGGGGCGGCUUUUAGGGACAUUUCGCCCCGAGCUGAGGGGGAUGUGGACACAUUGGACAGCCGAGUUGUGGAACAGGGCGCGAGGCGGGAAAGAGACAAAUCUUAAGGGGAAGCUGGUUGGAGAGACAUUGCCCAGGUGGGAAUCGCAGCCUAACUGUGGGAUUACGGGCUGCAGCGAUGGACAUUGUGGUCUGACUGACAGGGGGUGCCUCUGUCUCUGUUUAAACCUCUGGCAGCCCUUAGCUGAGCUGGAAUGGCUGGAGUCGCUGGCAUGCGGGUAAGAAUGGCGCUGUACGGGCAGUGAAGCCCCUCACUGACUGCAGCCACUGUGAGCUCCUGAGGAACUUCAUUUAUGUAGCAGCCUCCUUAUACAAUUCUUACGCAUUUUAAAAGUAUUUUUUUAAAAGAGUAACUUUACACUGGACAGUCAUAGUGCGGAUGUUAUACAGAUAUUUGUAUGGCAUGUAACCACACUGAAAAAAAUGCACUAUGAAGAGAUUAUUUACGAGUGCUUGUGUUGUGCCUUCGGGCAGGGGAAGGUCCGGGUCACUGAUAGAUUGGUGCUGCUUAUUAAACUGUGGUAUUUCUGAGCUGUACUGCAGCUUUUGUACAAGUCCUACCAGAGGAGCUUGGGAAAUCUAGGCUCCGCUGUUUUUACCCCCCUAGUAAACAGAAUAGGUCACUGUUCAUUAAAACAAGGACAUCUGUGGUCAUAAGUGGAGGGUUUGAGGCCUGUUCCCUCCUGUAGUUGUGUGGGGCAGUAGUCACUAAAACGCUCUUGUAAUCUUUGAGCUUAAUCUCUGAGUUUUAAGUCACAUGUUAUGAUCCCAUAUGAAUUUUUUUUACCAAUAUAAUUCUUUUAGCCCCAAUUUUAAUAUAGCCAUUGCAUUUUUAUAUAGAAAAGUGCUCCUUACGUUAUAAGAUUCAAUCUUGUUUCAAAUAUGACAUGACCAUCCUCCAUACAUAUGCACCGUCACAUGAGCAGAGAAUUGUGCAUGGUUGUAAACAAAUAGUUCGUCAUGAUCCAUCAGAGCUGUCUGCUGAUUUUCCUUGAGUGGAAUUUUAAUCACUUAGGAUGAUAGGCCACAGUACAAGCUAUGUAUUGUGUGACAUGAAAGUCAUAAAGAACAAACAUUCUCUGUAAAAAAUGUUUGACCAAAGUAAGAAUGAAUAAAUCAGCCUUGUCUGAGAUUGCUAGGAUUUGGUAAUCUUUUCAGGGCUGGAUGUUGAGACAAUCUGUAGAAGCCCUCUCUCUCUUUCCUUUGAAUGUAUGACUCUCAGAAGAAAUUUAUUUUUUCAUUGUUUUUUGUGGUGCCACAGAAGAGUAAACUGUAGGUACUAAAAACACCUAUCCCAGGACUCCAUGAAGUACUUUAAAAUAUUUUGUGAAAGAAAUGGUGUU